AUGCAUGAAAAUCUUCACCACCAUCUCCUCUGUUUUCUCUUCCUCUUCUUCUUCAAUUCACUUGCUGUUAACUCAGAAAUCCAGACCAUUAAAAUAUCGUCGGAUUCCCGGCGCUUCAUCCCUCUCCAAGACUUCGGAUUUGGUAAUGAGGGUUUCAUUUCCAUCUCUGUCUCUUCGGUUUCCAUCAUCAGCACCACCACUUCCAAGCCUAUCCGCAACCCUGUAAAGCUUUCACUUAUCGGCUGUUUUUACGCCCCAACGCCUGCCCGUCAGGCAAUGAAGAUUGCUCUAAUCAAGGACAUCUGCCUUAUAGGAAAACCAUUCAUUUUCCCAGUUUUCACUUUCGAUGACAAAAUCAUUUCAUCCAAAUCGCAUUUCAGGACAAGUGUUCCUGUCGCAAUCCCAGAUUUGUACUACAUUUUCUUUGUGAAUUGUGCAAAUAAUGCCUCAGUUUCUGCCACUCUUGAUCUCAAGACAUACAAUGUCCAGCCCAAUGGUGAUCCUGACUACACCGACGAGCAAUUCAGUCCUUUGCCAACAAUCCUAUACAUUUAUUCCAUGUUUCACUUCGGUUUUAUUUUAACAUGGUCACAUGUAUGCUACAAGAGCAAGCUCGUCGUGCAAAAGAUACACAUUAUGAUGGCUGUUUUAUUGUUGCUCAGAUUCUUGGAACUUUUAUCCCAUGCUAGUAGUCAGCAUUCCAUUAAGCACUCAGGAUCGGCCCAUGGUUGGGAUGUGUUUUGGCUUACAAUGUACGUUCUCAGAAGCAUAUUAUUCGUCGUUGUGAUCAUGCUACUUGGCUCUGCCUGGUCCCUCUUCAAGCCCAGCCUACAAGAACUAAAGAAAUACACAAUGGCAAUCACCAUUCUUCUGCAAAUUGUAGCAUGUAUCUGUUUUAUCCUAAUCCGUGUGAUCGGACAAUCGAAUGAAAAAUACAGGCACUGGAUAGUUGCCUACUACGCCACUGAUUUUUUAUGCAACAUUAUGAUGAUGGUACCAGUUCAUACUUCAAUAUAUAUACUGGACGUUAAAUUCAUGGAAGGGAAGGAGCCAAGGAGAGGGGUGCAGAAAAUGGCCUUUGAGAAUUUCGCAGCAGCACUCUAUGUAUAUGUUGGCUUCACGAGAUUGGUCUUGUUUGUGUUCAGGACUAUCACAAGCUACAAGUUCUGGUGUUUGAGCAUUGCAAUGGAGCUUGUGGUUGAACUUAUAUUUUACAUUUUGAUUUACUUAUUGUUUUGGCCUAAUGAUAGGUAUGAUUAUGCUGUUGUUCUCGAGGAUAGAAAAGAAGAGAUUAAUUCUGCUGCUGCAUUCCCUGAAAGUUUCGACUUUGAUCUUCGGGGCAGAUUUUUGUUGCGCUACUUGUUCUGA